AUGACAAAAGAAACCAUCAGAGUCGUAAUUUGUGGUGACGAUGGCGUUGGCAAGACAAGUUUAAUUGUAUCAUUAGUUAAGGGACAAUUUAUACCUAAUUUACAAGCCGUUCUACCGCCUGUGACUAUUCCUCGUGAUUUUUCAUCGAGCCCUUAUUCACCUAAGAACACUGUGCUAAUCGAUACAGAUAACAGCGAUCCAUUAGCUAUCCAGAGGGAGCUUAAAAAUGCGGAUGUUAUUUGGCUAGUAUACUCUGAUAAGGAUUCUUACGAAAGAAUAUCACUAUAUUGGAUGAUAACUUUCAGGUCACUUGGACUCAACAUCCCAGUAAUAUUAUGCAAGAACAAAUGUGAUCAAUACACAACAAACUCACCACUAGAGGAUUUCUUAGAUACUAAAAUUGAGGAUGAGGAAUUUAUUCCAAUUCUUAUGGCCUUCAAAGAGGUAGAUACCUGUGUGAAAGCCAGUGCGAAGACCCAUUUUGAUGUUAAUCAAUCAUUUUAUCUGUGCCAGAGAUCAAUUUCAUACCCAAUCUCACCAUUAUUCGAUGCCAAGGUAGGAGAUUUGAAACCUUCAGCUGUUGCUGCCUUAAGUAGAAUAUUCUUCUUAAGCGACGAAGAUCAGGAUGGCUUUCUUAAUGAUAAUGAAAUUAUGGACCUACAGCGGAAAUGCUUUGGAAAGAGUAUUGACUUGAAUGAGCUAAACUUCAUAAAACAUACACUUUCAGACUUGACAUCAUCUGAAGAAUAUCCAUCAGAAAUACUUUAUUGCCAAGGAAAAGGUCUAACAAAACAGGGCUUUAUUGCUUUAAACAAGAUAUAUACAGAGAAAGGAAGACAUGAAACUACUUGGGGGAUUCUAAGAGCGUUCAAUUACACAGAUUCAUUAUCAAUUGAUGAUGCAGUGCUUUUCCCAAAAGUAAAUGUUCCAGAACAAGCUAGUGUAGAACUCAGUUCCAAAGGCUAUCGGUUUUUGGUUGACAUUUUUAUAAAAUUCGAUAGCGACAAUGACGGUGCUUUGAAUGACACUGAACUUCAUACACUUUUUAGAAGCACCCCAGGACUACCGAAUUUGUGGCUAGAAACAAACUUUCCGGCAUCAACUGUGGUUAAUGCAAAAGGCUUUGUUACACUGCAGGGCUGGCUUGCACAAUGGACGAUGACAACAUAUCUGGAUUAUAAAAUUACGACUGCAUACCUAGUUUAUCUAGGUUUCCAGGAAGAUGCAAAAUUGGCUGUACAAAUCACAAAAUCUCGCCGUAUGCGACGUCGUCAGGGCAGAUUGUACAGGUCAUAUGUCACAGAUCGUAAGGUUUUUAAUUGUUUUGUUGUUGGUAAAAGAAAUAGUGGAAAAUCAUCUCUGCUAGAAUCAUUUCUAGGAAGAUUAUUCAGUGAAGCCUAUUCGCCAACAAUUCGACCUCGAGUAGCUGUUAACAAUGUGGAAGUGACUGGAGAUAAACAAUAUUAUCUGAUUCUACAGGAAUUCGGUGAGCAGGAAGAAGCAAUUCUCCAAAAUCCAUCGAGGCUUGCUGAGUGCGAUGUAUUGUGUCUAACAUAUGAUUCUAGUGAUCCUGAGUCUUUUUCUUAUCUAUUGGAGUUACUGACUAAUAAUGAGAUAAUGAAAGAUAUACCUGUUGUAUUUGUUGCCCUUAAAGCCGACCUAGAUAAGCAGCAGCAGAGAUGUAAGUUUCAACCUGACGAAUUUACAGAUACUUUAUAUCUUGACCACCCUUUACAUGUUUCUUCCACUUGGUCAAGUUCUUUGAAUCAGCUAUUUAAAAAAAUUAUUCAAGCUUCAUUGGAACCGGGAAAAUUUACUCCAGGCUUCCCACCAGAUAUCAAGCCGACAAACAUAGAUUAUAGUUCAGCUGUAAUUUUAGGAUCUUCUAUAGGAUUUCUGGCAUUAUUUUCAUACACAAUGAUAAAAUUACUAAAACCUACCCAACAGUGA